AUAAUGAAAAUAAUGAAAGCAAUGAAAAUGAAAAUAAUAUUGAAAUAUUAGACUAUAAUGAUAAUGAAUUUAAUUUAUUAAAAGAACUACAUAAGAAUAAUAAAUUUAAAAUAGAAGAAAUUAUAAAUUUAAAUAUAAUUAAUAAUAAAAUUACUAGAAAUAUUCAAAAAAAUAAAGUUAAAAUAAUUGAAAAUAAUAAUUAUAAUCUAUUAAAUCUAAUAAAUAGAUUUAUAAAAAAUUAUAAAGAAGAAAUUGAAGCAAUAGAAGGAGAAAUAGAAGAGGAAACUAAAGAAAAAAUUGAAAUAAUAGAAGAAGAAAUAGAAAAGGAAACUGAAAAAGAAAUCAUGAAAAUAAUAAAAUUAAAGAAAGAAAUAAAACUGUUAUAA